UGCGUAUUAGUAUCAGCUGUGUACAUAUUUCGAGGAGUGUAUAAAUUGUAUUCUGUAUAUCACUUGUUACUGUACUUGCUGAAGUCUACCAAGCACAGUAGGCAAAGAGGACGGCAAUUGCUAUACGAUGAUUCGGCUUUCGUGUAUUCUGAUCGCAUUGGCGCUCAUUGGCAUUUAUGCAGAAGAACCGGAGAAAUUGGUAGGAGGAACUCGUACUGCUAUACAGGAAAAUGCACAUGCUGUGUCUAUACAAAUGAAUGGACAACAUUUUUGUUCUGGUAGCAUAAUUAAUAACGAUGCUAUUCUUACCGCUGCCCAUUGCGUAACAGAGCUCGUGGCUAUACCUCAUAUGCUGAGUUCUGUAACCGUUGUUAGUGGUUCGACGUACAAUAAUAUGAUAGACAAUAAUGGACAAAGACACCGAGUAAAGCAAGCAUAUUACUAUCCUGGCUACCAACAAAGUUCGGGUAGAACACCAGGCGGUGACAUUGGUAUCCUUAAGCUGUCUCAACCCAUGGUAUUCAACGAGCGUCAAAAGCCAGUUAAGCUUCCAUUUAAAAAUAUUAUACCAGGUGUACCUUUAAAGGUUGUAACUUGGGGUGCACAAGGAUUUAGACAACGUGUGCAUAAUGAUUUAAGGAAAAUAGAAGGGAAUAGCAUGGAAGCAUCAGAAUGUCAAAGAUACCAUCGUUAUAUGAAAAUUGAUAAAUUAGAGUUCUGUAUUCUCAUCCGUGCUAAAGUUGGAACGUGCAAUGGUGACAGCGGUGGCGGUGUUAUUUCGCGAAUCGAUGGAACCAUUGUCGGCUUAGUCUCUGGUGGAAUGCCAUGUGCCCACGGUAUUCCAGACGUAUACACCACUGUUCACCCUUACUCCUCUUGGAUCAGGUCAAUUGUAUCCGGCAUUUAAUUUUAUCUCUUUUUAUAUAUGUACUGUAUGUUUCAAUAAACGUUAUUAACUGAGCACCACAA